AUGCAAUUAAUGUUGAUGGGAGGUCACAAACACCUUUCUAGUCUCGCCGAAGUUAUUCUCAGGAACAUUGAUGCUUGCAAACCACUUUCUAACAUUACUCAGACUUCUCUUGGCCCGAAUGGUAUGAAUCAAAUGGCAUAUAAAAAUUCUUUGCCCAAUGCAUUGUUGGCUUCAACGGUUCAAACAGCAUGGGAGGAUAUCCCAUAUUCACCCUUCCUUGUUACACAAUCAAUGCUUGCAAAAUAUAGUAACAUGGCUUCAUCAAUUGGUGGUCCUAAUAUGAACAUGUCAGAGGCUUUAAGGGCAAACAACAUUUCUAUGCCUCAAGCUCAACCCAGUCAACAUGCUUUGCCCUGGUAUUGCCACUGGACCUCACUUCCUCAACGAAUUGCUGUGCAUCCCUACUCGCAACCUACUCUUCCUUUUGGGCAUUUUACGGAUAAUGGUGCUGCAACACCAGCUGGGUUGGUAGCUGCUUCACUGUCACAUGCUUUUGCUCUUUUUGUUGCUGUUUCUGCUGGUGCUAAUAUCUCUGAUGGACAUAUUACACUUGUUAGAGGUCUUCUGUAUUGGAUUGCUCAGUUGCUUGGUUCUGUUGUUGCUUGUUUGCUCCUUAAUAUUGCCAUUGGUGGAUGGGAAACGUCCGCAUUCUCAUUAUCUUCUGGAGUAGGAGCAACAAAUGCACUUGUAUUUGAGAUUGUGAUGACUUUUGGUUUGGUUUACACAGUGUAUGCAACUGCAAUAGAUCCAAAGAAUGGUAGUCUUGGAACAAUUGCUCCAUUCGCUAUUGGUUUCAUUGUUGGUGCUAACAUUUUGGCAGAUGAAGAUAUUCAAAGAACAUCAAGUGAAUUCCCUAGUAUACAGUAUCUCUGGUGAAAUGUCGCCUGUUAUUGAUAUUGAUACUAGUGGCAUUCAUGCCUUUGAGGAUUUACUUAAGAGCCUCUAUUGGCGAAUCCGGGAGUAAUUUUAGAACCUUGAGGACAAGGUUCAAGUGAACCCCGCAGCAAUGAUAGAAGGUCUUAGUAGGAUUAGCUUCCUAUCAUCAAGCCCUUGCGUGAAGUGCUCCGUCUGUGUUUUGAUGAAUGGACUCCCUCUCCAGAUAUGAGCCACGUUGAUGAGAGAAUCUCCGCCCCUGCUGUUGACGAAUGGACUCCUCCUCCAGAUAUGAGCCAUGUUGAUGAGAGAAUCUCCGCUCUUGCUGUUGACGAAUGGACUCCUCCUCCAGAUAUGAGCAAUGUUGAUGAGAGAAUCUCCGCUCCUGCGGAUCCUAUUACUGACAUUGCAGUUCCGUCGCCUUCUUCGAAAUUAGUGGUACGCGGUGUCAUUAUUAUUAUUAAUUGGUAAUUAUUGUUAUUAACUAUGAAGUACGGACUUUGACACGGACACUGCGACAGGACACACAUUCCAACACCGAUAAUAUCAAAAACGUAAGACACCAACACCGCUACAUAUAUGAUAGUAUUUAAGUUUCAUUUAUCUAUCUAUUAAUAAAAGAGUUAAAAAUAUUAUAAUGAAAACUAAUGUCUUCAAUUUUUUAUUGACAAUAUUAAUUCAAUACAUAUCCAAAAGAUGUGUAAUGAUGUAGGAGGAUUGUGCGUAUCAAAGAAGAAAUCGAACGUCGAAAAGCAUUUUAAUAUUUAAGCAAUUUUAGUUUUAAUAUUUAAGCAAUUUCUAUUUUAUUUGUUUUA